AGCUUCGACAUGCCUUUUCUUUAGUAAUGGAGUCUUGCGGGGUGAGCAUGAGCAGUGGAGUGCAUUGCCUAUUGUUUUCUCUGUGACGAUGGCACCUGCUGCCUCCAAGUGUUUCUGGAGCUCUUUCCGAGUGGUCCUUGGCUCUUGGGCUACUCUUCUGACUAUUCUUCUGACUCCCUCGUCAGGAAUCUUGUGAGGAGCUCCUGUGUGUGGCCGGUUGAUGAUGGAGUGAUGUUGCUUCCACUGGCGGAUAAUGGCCCCAAUGGUGCUUACUGGAAGAUUCAGAAGUUUUGAAAUACGUCUGUAUCCGAUUCCAUCAAUAUGUUUCACAACAGUAAGGUUGUGAAGGUCUUGGGAGAGCUCUUUGCUUUUACCCAUCGUGAGAUGUUCAUUCUGUGACACGUUGGUAACGAAAAGCCUUUUUAUAGACCAUCAAUUUACUAACCCAGCUGAUAUUAAUCUGCACAGAUAGGGGGUAUAAUUACUUACAGAUUUCAGCUGGCUCCAUGCCUUACCUUGCCUUGGAGAACUGCUUUUUCUAAGCGUGUUCAAUACUAUUUUUCCCCGUGUCAUUCCUCUUUAUUACACAUAACUCUAUUUAUGGACUUUAAUGUUGUGAAUUCUUUAUAUUUCCUGAUUACUGGAGUUAAUACUGAUAUCUGGUGAAAAUUUCAUGUGAAUAACCUGAUGAAAAAUGUUAACGCGUUCAAUACUUAUUUCCCCCACUGUAUAGUGAAUAAAAUAUAUUAACAUACAUUGAUGUACAUUAGCCCCAAACUAAAUCUAUGCUGUCCAGUGUUUUUUGACUUUGAUUUAUUUAGACAAUAAUUUUUUUUUAAUUCUUUCUUGGCAUCUUUUUUUUUUUUUAACUAAAAUUCAUCCGAAUUUCAUGAGCAAAACCUCAACCAGUGGCACCAUUGUGGGGUUAUGCUGUCUGAUUGGAUAGCAUUAGCAAACGUCAAUGUGUAUACAUACCCCAUUUCCUCCCAGGAAGCAGAGUAGCAGCGCACUGCUGCUCACUUCAAGAAGGAAGUGAUAGCGGAAGCAACAUGUAGUGGAUGUGUUCUUAGACAAAGUGGAAUCUAAACCUUUUAUUGCGCAUCUCCUUCUCUAACAUUUUGCCAUAUAAAUAGGCCACACUGGUUACACCAGUUGACUCGGAUUUAAAACUCCAAUGGCAGACAAGACUGAUUGAAACAAAGGUGAUGAUCUUCAUUUGAAGAACUCUGGCAUUGGAGACUUCGUUGUCUUGCUUGUAUAUUGUGAGUGGGAGCUCUCUACCUCGUGCGAUUAUCUGACUUCUCACUCAUCCAAAUGAGUCUGGAACGGAGAGCUACCCUUGCUGAACAGCUGUUUUCUAGCAGAAACCCAACUCGCUGCCUGGUUGACAGAGAAAGUCCUCAUCGAUGGGGCAUCCUCAGCAGGCCCUUUCUAAAACACCGCUCCAACUCUGCCCCAAUGGAGUCCUUGGACACUCUUCAGAGCAGAAUCCGGUCCAAGCAUCCUGUUCUCGUCCAGGAUCUGACCUGUUCUACCAGGGGCAGCUACACCUUACCUGCCAACCUCCCUGAUGUCCGUAAAGUCACCAGCUCAGGCAUGCUACUGGAACACGUUCCACCUGACCUGCCCCGCUCAGCCUACAAAAGAGCUCCAUAUUUACGUUCAGCCUCUGAACCAGGUACCAGCAUUAUAACAGAACCCCAGCCUCUACAGAGGAAACCGAGUAGCCUUCCAUUUUCUGGGAUACUCUUGUCCAUGUCACGGCGCAUAAGUAGGAUCCUGACAGCCAGAGAGGAGCCAGAGUCUAUGGAGACAGCAGAAGCUGAUGUGAAAGGGCCACCAAGCCACCGCUUCUCCUGUGGCCAGUCACCCUUCUCCGAGCCCAGCAUCUGGGAGAAGAAGUACUGCAUUCUGACCGACAACCAGCUCAUCCUGCUUAACCGUGAGGAAGAGAUGUCUGCGGAGGUGCACGAAAGCCCCACGGUGUCCUCGUCCCAGGGCCGCAGCCUGAGGAGAACAGUCAGCGUGCCCUCUGAAGGACAGUUCCCAGAGUAUCCAGCAGAGGCAGCAUCCAUGUUGGAAGUAUCCUCAGAUCGUUCCCCCAGACGGAGGAGCAUCUCUGGCCUUGGCAGCUCUGACAAGAACAUCUCAGUGGACGGGCCCAACUCCUCACCCUUCAAAGUGCCAGGGUUUUUCAGUAAGCGACUGAAAGGGUCAAUCAAGAGGACAAAGAGCCAGACCAAACUGGAGCGGAACCCAAGCUUCAGGCUACCAUCACUGCGGGCUCCUGAGAACGACAGGUCACGAGGCCUGCCCAAGCUGAAAGAGUCCUGUUCACACGAGUCUUUGCUCAGUCCGAGCAGUGCUGUGGAGGCACUAGACCUCAGCAUGGAGGAGGAUGUGUACAUUAAACCGCUUCACAGCAGCGUGCUGGGACAGGAGUUCUGUUUCGAGGUGACAUAUUCAGGGGGCAGUAAGUGCUUCAGCUGCUCCUCAGCUUCUGAGAGAGACAAAUGGAUGGAGAACAUCAGGAGGACUGUGCAACCAAAUAAGGACAACUGCCGGCGUGCAGAGAAUGUGCUGCGCCUGUGGAUCAUUGAGGCCAAAGACUUGCCACCCAAGAAGAGAUACUUUUGCGAGCUGUGCCUUGAUGAUGUACUGUACGCACGCACCACCAGCAAGGUGCGCUCAGAUUGCCUGUUCUGGGGUGAGCACUUUGAGUUCGGUGGUCUGCCUGCCAUCAGUAGCAUCACCGUGCACGUGUACCGUGACGCCGACAAGAAAAAGAAAAAAGACAAGAGCAACUACGUUGGACUGGUGAACAUCCCGGUGCAGGCCGUGAGUGGGCGCCAGUUUGUGGAGAAGUGGUACCCAGUGAGCACACCCACCAGCAGCAAGGCGAAAGGCGGAGGCCCCUCCAUCCGUAUCAAGUGCCGCUUUCAGAGUGUCGCAAUCCUUCCCAUGGAGCUGUACAAGGAAUUUGCAGAGUUCAUCACCAACAACUACACUAUGCUGUGUUCAGUGCUUGAGCCUGUAAUCAGCGUGAAGAAUAAGGAGGAGAUGGCCAGCGCGCUCGUGCACAUACUGCAGAGCACUGGCCGGGCAAAGGACUUUCUUACAGACCUGGUCAUGUCUGAGGUGGAUCGGUGUGCAGAUCAUGACGUGUUGAUCUUCCGGGAGAACACGCUGGCCACCAAAGCCAUAGAAGAGUAUCUCAAACUUGUGGGUCAGAAGUAUUUGCAUGAUGCCCUAGGAGAGUUCAUCAAAGCUCUGUAUGAGUCGGACGAGAACUGUGAGGUGGAUCCAUCAAAGUGCCCCAGCAGUGAGCUGCCUGAACACCAAAGCAACUUAAAAAUGUGCUGUGAGCUAGCCUUCUGCAAGAUCAUCAACUCCUACUGUGUCUUUCCCCGUGAGCUGAAGGAGGUGUUUUCUUCAUGGAAGCAACAGUGCCAUGCUCGGGGGAAGCAGGACAUCAGCCAAAGAUUAAUCAGUGCCUCACUAUUUCUGCGCUUUCUCUGUCCAGCCAUCAUGUCACCAUCCCUGUUCAACCUCAUGCAGGAAUAUCCUGACGACCGUACCUCACGCACACUCACCCUCAUCGCUAAAGUCAUCCAGAACCUCGCAAACUUCACCAAGUUUGGCAAUAAAGAGGAGUACAUGGCCUUCAUGAAUGAUUUCCUGGAGCAUGAGUGGGCAGGCAUGACCCGCUUCUUGCUGGAGAUCUCCAACCUCGAAACCAUCUCCAACACACCAGGCUUUGAGGGAUACAUUGACUUAGGCCGUGAGCUGUCUCUGCUGCAUGCCCUGCUGUGGGAGGUGGUGUCUCAGCUAGACAAGGGUGACAAUUCCUUCCUGCAGGCGACAGUGGCCAAACUGGGUCCUCUGCCACGUAUCCUGGGUGACAUCACACGCUCACUGUCCAGCCCCACACCAAUCCAGCAGCAGCUGAGACAUUUCCAAGACCAUGGCUCCAUGCACAACAUCAAUGGCAGUGUCUCUUCAGGACUACAGAGGAUAUUUGAGGACCCAAAUGACAGUGAAAUUCGGAAUGCUAAAUCUCCAGUGCAAGAUCAUGUAGAAGUUCUGUCACGUGGAAAGGCACCCUUACUGUGCCAGCAGCCGUCCCUGCACAGCACAAGCUUCUCCGACAAGGACCGAGAGAGCCACCUCCCUAACGGGCGCAGUAUCUCCCUGAUGGACCUACAGGACUCGCACAUUCUUCAUGAUGCCCCACCGAGAAUAGGUCGCGUAGGUUCCCAAGCAUCCAUCGGUCCACUGCCUUCCCCUCUUCCUCACCUCCAUCACCACCAUCCACAGCAACAGCAGGCCAAAGUGGUCACGCUAAGGGAAAACGUACCUCAGAGUGCACCACAGAUCCGCCGGCCUCUGCAACCGUCUUUAAGCCAGCAACGCAGCCUACAGCCUCUCUGCUUUCAGAACCCUGUAUACCAGCUAAGCAACAUGCAUGCACUCCGCUCAGCUCAGACAUCACUUCAGGCCCACUCCAGCUCAGAGAACCUGAGCACAGCAAGCUUGCACAGUGCAAGCCCCAGCACUACACCCAGGAAAAGGUUACCUUCCACCACCAGUCUUGAGGAGGAGGAAGCACGCUCUCCCUGCUGGCAUACAGCCCUAGUUGAAGCCCAGUCAGGGCCACAGGUAAUGGCUGUAGCCAGGCAGAGUGGAGCAGGGACAGCACAUAUUGUAAAGGUGGAACAGCAAAGUAGAACAAAUGGUGGGUUGUCACGCUCACUGCCUCAUAGCACCUCACUACGCAGCAGCAGCAGUGUCAAUACAGACCCAAAACAGCAAAGUGAAGCUAGCUCCAGACAGCAGUCAAUCUGCUCACGAGACAGCCCCAUCCCAAGCAACAGAACUAACAGACAGGUGCACUCUCCUGUCGAGUCGGUCACCAUGUCUCCUGUUGAGCGGACGGCAGCGUGGGUGCUGAAUAAUGGCCAGUAUGAGGAGGACGAGGAGGAUGGCCAGAGCAAGAAGGAAAGCAAGCAUGUGGAGAAGUAUGAGCAAGAGAUCUCAAAGCUGAAAGAGCGGCUGCGUGUGUCUGGCCGUCGCUUAGAAGAGUAUGAACGCCGGCUUGCGGCACAAGAGCAGCAAAUGCAGAGGCUGCUGCUGGAGUACAAGUCUCGCCUGGAGGACAGUGAGGAGCGCCUGCGGCGGCAACAGGAUGAGAAGGACAGCCAAAUGAAGAGCAUUAUCUGCAGGUUAAUGGCAGUGGAGGAGGAGUUGAAGAGAGACCAUGCAGAGAUGCAGGCGGUUAUAGAUGCAAAGCAGAAGAUCAUAGAUGCACAGGAAAAGCGGAUCAGCUCCCUUGAUGCAGCUAAUUCGCGCCUCAUGAGCGCCCUCACUCAGGUCAAAGAGCGCUACAGCAUGCACAACCUUCGCAACGGCAUCUCACCCACUAAUCCCACUAAGCUCUCCAUCACAGAGAAUGGAGAGUUCAAGAACAGCAGCUGCUGAUCAGGACGUUCGCACUUGUCGAACUGUGCUAGUCCAUGCUCAGACACAGGAUCACUAACACCAGUUAGACUUUGGACUGAGAUGCAGUGUUGGUGGCCAUGUUCUCUGACUACUACAUAAAAUCUUAUGCAAGGAAUGUCUGGUUACAAUGUAUAUAGAUUGUAUCUUGCAUUGGGCUUGUACAGAAAGGAGUCAAUCAUUUUAGAAGAGUUUUAAAUUGGUUUAGAGAUGUACUGUUAUACUGCGUCAGUGAUUUUAUGUUUUAAAUACUGAUAAUACCAUACAUGAGGGUUAAGAUUGCAGUCUAAAAGAUUUUUAAGUAUUGUGAAACUAAGAUAUAUAUGAUAUGAUAUAUUGAGGAUAUGUACAUAUCAGAUAAUGGAACUGUUUUUAAAAUAAAAUAAGAAAAAAAGAAAGAUGCCAUGAAAGCACAUAGAAGAGGUUUUUGUAGCUCUUACUCAUGUGGACAAACAAACAGAAGGCAGUUUUAUGCACUCGAUUUUAUAACUCAAGUUUUCCAUGUUUUUGAUCUCCAAUUUGAACUGCUUUAUUUGAACUCAGGUUGGGUUUUGUUGUUGUUGUUGUUGUUGUUGUUUGCUUUAAUAUUAUCUGAUUUAAGUUCAGGUUCAGAAGACAAACUGGCUGACUGUUUUUUUUUAUUUUUAUUUGGGGGGGGUCACAUCAGCUUUACACCAAUGAAAUAACAAAAAGUCACCAAUAAUUUGUGACUGAAAAUGACAGAAAUAUAUUUGUUUCAUGCUAUACUAUAUGGCUAAGACUUUGUGGACACCUGACCAUCACACCCAUGUGUGCUUUUUGAACUUCCCAGUCUAGUUUUUCCCCCUUUGCUGUUACAAUACCUCCACUCUUCUCUGAAGGCCUUCCACUAGAUUUUGGAGCGUGGCUGUAAGGAUUUUCUCAUUCAGCCACAAGAUCAUUAGUGAGGACAGGCAUUGAUGUCGGUGGAGGAGGCCUGAGACACAAUCAGUGUUCCAGUUCAUCCCAAGGGUGGGUUGAAGUCAAGCCUUUGUGCAGGUCACCAGAGUUCCUCCACUACCAACUUGGCAAACCAUGUCUUCAUGGAGCUCAUUUUGUGCGCAGGGGCAUCGUCAUGCUGGAACAUGUUUGGGCCUCUUGGUUCCACUGAAAUGAAAAUUUAAUGCUACAGCAUACAGAGGCAUUCUAUACAAUUAUGUGUUUCCAACUUAGUGGCAAUAGUUUGGGCAAGAACCAUGUAUGGGUGUGAUGGUCAGGUGUCCACAUACUUUUUGGCCAUGUAGUGUAUUAAGUAUGUUUUCAGCUUUAUCCCUCUGGUGUAAAUUUACACUUAGUGCAGUCUAGAGUGUUGAUGCAUCACCAGUGUUUCCCAUUCAUAGCCUAAUAAAUACAUCGUCAGUCCUAACUAAUCCACUCUCAACGUCCUGCUUCUUUAUACAGUGGCUCGGACAGAUAUUCUGUCAGAUCAUCAGUUUCUUUCAAAGCCCUGCUCUUUUACAAUCUUAUUUCAUGUUUGCCAAUGACUACUGUUUAUCCACACUGUUUUGCCAUUAUGGCCUCACUCUGAUGUAAACAAUAUUUUGUAGCACAGAGACGCUGAAUUUUUGCCGUUGUCACUGUUCUGUAACAUUAUAACAAGAUUGUGAGGAAUAAAGAUGGUUGACACUCCA